AUGCCUUUACUUCAAUCUGAACCACAAGUAGACUUAUUAGGACCUCUAACUAAAGAGAAACUUUUUGAGGGAAUAAACAAGAUCCGUACGGAACAUUCCAAUAUACCUGAUGAUAAAUGGCAGAAAGUAGUGACCGAAGUCGAGGAUUUUGCCAGUAAACACCUAACAAAGCCCGUCAUACCAGCACCGACCGCCCCUACUGUGAUUUCCCAAGCCAUGAUAGAUAACGAAUUUGCUCUAUUUAGACCAUUCCUCACCGUUUGGUAUCAUAUUCGUUCUCUUUUCAAUGGCCAGCAGCUAGAUAACGAUGUUUCCCUUUUAUCAUCAUGGGCUAUUGUCAUUGUGGUUUUACUAGUAAUUAUGGCGGUUGUUGUCAUCGCUGGUUUAAUAUGCAAAUCGCAAUACAAGAAGAGAAAGGACGCUGCUUCCUACCCUGUUGGCCAAUAUGAAUCCGGUGACCAUUACGAAAACAUGCCAGCCAAUUUCCUCCAACACAUAGGCCUGCAUCACAAUAGAGACGAGCAAUAA